GGUCCAAAAGGUAAUCCUGGAGCACCUGGACUACCUGGAGAUAUCGGCCAACCAGGUUCUCAAGGGCCAUCAGGAUUGCCUGGUCCACAGGGUGUACAAGGAGCACAAGGAGACAGAGGUCAACAAGGAUCUACAGGGGCUUCCGGUUUAGCGGGUCAACCAGGUUUACAAGGACCCAGAGGUAGUCCUGGUCCUACUGGUACAUCAGGGACUCCAGGACAACCAGGAAACCAAGGUUCUCCAGGACAAAUUGGACAGCCUGGCUUGGCUGGUCCUCAAGGACCAAGUGGUCAGAAAGGUGCUCCUGGUCCACAA